AUGGAUAAGACAGAAAUGGAAAUAUUUCAAGAUGUUAAUGAGACAAUGCAAUCAAAUACUUCCGGAACUACCAUUGAAGCUGAUGCACAACAGGAUAAUAUAUCGAUUGCAGAUGUACUGCGGCAAACUGCCAAUGCAUUUUUGCGUGACAAGUAUCUUCAAGGCUUUGAAUUUCAAGAAGACUAUUAUUAUAAUCCAGUGACAGGCUAUUAUUAUGAUCAAAACACUGCCUUAUUCUAUCAUCCGUCAACGAAUUGUUAUUAUUAUUAUGACAAUCAAACAGAUAGUUAUGUAUAUUACACAAGAAUUCCUUGUGAACAUAUUUGGACAGAUAAACUGGCUGAGCGGAAAGCAGUGGCUAUGUUAGGAGAAUCAUUCGCUGCGGGUAUGACGCAAGAUGAAGUGGACGUCUUCGAGUGUUUGAAUUCGUUAUUGAAAAUUGUUUUACAAAUGUUUGAUAGCAGCAACUUUGAUUGUGACAUAUUGGAUGAUGAAAUAAGUACUCACAUACAAGAAGAAAGAAUGGAUUAUGCUCCAUGUGUUCGUAUUGUUGAAAAAACUAGUGGUGCGCUACAUAUAGUUACAAUUACUGGUGCUAAAAUUGGAACUGCUCCCGAUUGUGAGAUUCAGUUAUCUGCGGAGCAGAUUUCAAAGAGUGAAUAUAGUGCUGUUUUCAAUUAUGACGAAACAAAGCAAAGAUAUUUCGUGACAGUCAAGGGAAGAGAGCCGGAAGUUUUCUGCAAUAAAUUGAAGAUUGAUGUGGAUGAAAUUGUAGCUAUUGAUCAUGGCGAUGAAUGGCAAUUUGGAGAACAAGAAUUUUUAGCUCACAUCCACUACGGAACGAAUACGUGUGCUUCAUGCGAACCUGGUUUGCUGAGAAACGAUCAAGUUGUAAUGUUGGGUUCUAAUGAUCAUCCACCAGCUGGAAAAAUAUCAAAGGAAACACUGAGACGGAGAAAUUUACGAAAUAUGAAGAAACAAUAUGGUAUUUUUGAUGAUGGAGAAGAACAUUAUCGAUGUAAGUAUCAAAAAAAGGAACAAAAUUUAUUGCGUAACAGUGACGACAAGGAUAAAUCAAUCUAUGCAAACUGUUUGGCAAAACCAGUGCCAGAAAUGAUUGCUGCAUCAACAAAUGCGAUUCCGCCACCAUCAAAAAUGUUAAAUGAAAGUAAUAGAGGAUUUGAUAUGCUUAAACGAAUGGGCUGGAAACAAGGCACCGGUUUGGGACGAAGGGAAGAUGGAAUUAUAGAGCCGGUGAUUGGUGAAGUCCGUUCUAACAGGGCUGGACUUGGACUGAAAAAUGAGGUCAAAUUUGAAGUGUCAAAAAAGCGAGAUAAAAGACAGUGUUUGCUGGAAAUUACAAGGCAACGUUUCCAAAAAGCUGAAAUUUUUCCUGUAAAUGGCUAUGAAACUGAUACAUUGUGA